ACUGAUAAUUAUCGUGUUAAAAUGUCAAGCAAAUUAUUUACGAUCUUCACUGCAUUAUAUUAUUACAUACUUGUAGUGAAAUGUGGAAGAGUAAAAAGAGUGGUUAAUGGAUAUGAAGUGGCGUGUGGCGCUCAGCCGAGAGUGGCAUCAUUACGGAACAUAACGAAUGAUCAGCACAUCUGCGGCGUCACUUUACUGUCCCCGUUGUUUGCGCUGACAGCCGCCCACUGUGUCCAACGCGAACCCCAUCAGUACACAAUCCAAAUUAACAACUAUUGUCAACAACCGCCACCGAAAGCUCAGGUGCUGGAGAUCAUUACUCACAAAUUAUAUGACAGAUUGUCGUUAGCUCACGACAUUUCUUUGCUACGGAUAAACGUCGAUUUAGAUGACGUGACAUGGCUUAAUGACACAGUAUUACCUAAAUCGUCGUUCGGCUUAGCAGGUCAGUGCAUGAUUUAUGGUUACGGUUACGCGGAUCUAAAAUCUAAACAAACAUCUGAAAUACUAUCAGUCGCAAAAGUGCAAUUAAUAUCGUUAGAUGAGUGCAAGGAGAUUCUGGGUCCUGUUGCUCCCGAAUAUGACAGUGGAAUGUUAUGUGCAGCUGGGAUUGAAGCUGAUUCAUGUCAGGGCGAUUCCGGUGGUCCUGUGCUAUGCAAUGAAUUUGAAAUCCAAGGAAUAAGCAGUUACGGAUUAAGCUGUGGAGUACCAGGCAUACCUGCCGUAUAUACCAGCAUUGGCCCUCAUUUGCAGUGGAUACGUAAAGUCACUAACAUCAGAUAAAUUCAACAUCGAUUUUAAAUUUCCUAACUAUUGGCAUAUUUAAGAUUAUUUAGGGGGUAGAGGUGAGCUAACCCUUAAAAAAGAUGUACAAGUACCUUUUCUCAGAUAAAGCUCCGCUCUGCUCCCAUAAAUAUGCUUAUAUACUUAACAAUCAUUCCAAUACAUUAUAAAACAAUCAUAACAUGCAUAUAAAUAGAUAUGUGUACUUAAUAGAUUCGAAACUAAUUGAUUUGCCACGACUUCGUUUACGUAAAUAUUACGUUUAGAUUAGACCUCACCUAUAUAAUUUCCCGAUUUAAAAUGCCCUUAUCUCAUAUAUUGAUCUAUACUUAUUACUAGUUUUACACGCAAUUUCGUCCGCAUGGCCGUAGUAAUAUAUAUAAUACAUAAUAUAUAUAAUAUAUAAUACUUGAACAUGAUGAAAAAUAGCUUUUGUCCUUCCCAAUCCUAUACAGUACCUAUGUAUAUAAGUAUCAAAUUUCAUAACAAUUAGUUACACCAUAAAGACACCAAAAGAUAAACUCACUUUCACAUUUAGUAACUUUCUAAGUGAUUUAAGGAUUGCUACUCAGAUUAAAAUCUGUCCAGAAUUUUAAAUAUACUUAGGUACGUAUCGUAUACUUACCUUCCAGUCGAUACGUUUCGGAAAUAGUAUAUAACACCAAUAGAACCAUUACCUAAGUAAUAACAAUUUUAUGAUGUACUAAGGUAUUAGAAAUACGACCACUUAAGAUCGCAGGCGAAAUGAAGAGGCCAUAUUUGUACCUAUAGGAGAGUAGAUAGAUACUUAAUAAAACUGACAUCGACCAUAAAAUAUAAUUUAAUCAACAACAAUUUUAUUACCUAUACACAUUUAUAUUUUCCAAGCGUUUCUUGAAAAAACGGAAGAAAUAACCAAGGAGCAAGAAUAACCUUAAAGAUACAUUAACAGUUUUAUAGCUAAUACAUUUUUAAUGAGUUAGUGAUUGGAAACAAACCGCAUUGGUUAGAUUUGAGUGUUAAACCCAUUUUAGUGUUUAGUUAAAUGGAGCACGUUCCAUUUUUCUGUGAAUAACUACUAAAUACAUAAGUGCAUAACAGCCAAUAAACACUAGCAAGGAAGACCAAUGCAAUAUCAGUCCCCCAUAUGUUUAUAAUGAACAGUAUCUCGCCUAUAAUAAUACUUACAUUAAAUUGUAAGGAGUAUAUUACACUAUCAAAUAUAGAUAUUAAUUGUUAAUAUCUAUAGCAAUUUAUCCACCAGGCAGUGCUGUAUUUUCAACAAGUAACAUAUACAUAUAUAUAUGAGAGUGAAACAAACGAAUACCCAUCGGGUAACGAGUGAAAGCACUUUCAAUUUCCAGUCUGUAUAUCGACUUAAAUAUACGAAUGUAGGUAUAUAUAUUUAAUAGUGUAAUAUAACCCUUAAGAAUAAUAUAUAAUAAUGCUAUAUAGCUACUUUAACCCAUUUCAAAAUUAACACAUAUUGUCGUUCAAAAUAAAUGCCGGUACUUGCAUAACUACAAAGACCUUACGCGACAUUUCUCGCGAUACACCAAACGAUUUACCCGAAUACUUAGAUACAAAAUAUCUCCUAGUAUCACUAAUAAAAAUAAAUAAUUUAAGUAAGUAUAUUUAUUAAAAAUCAUCUAGUGAGAUCACUUUUAUGCGGGGGCCUAAUACGAAAUUAUAAAUCUGAUUAUUCAUAGGAAUAAUCAGAUUUCGUGGACAUGGAUUUCGGCUAUCCGAAAUCCAUUGACUUGAUCGAACUCAUUGUUUAGUGUAACUCCAAUAAUCGAUCUAAUCAAAUGUGUUCGUAAUAGAACUCACAAGAUACCUCUAAUACUAUUAUGAAAAUUUGUACCGACCGAAAAUUUUUAUCCAAUAAAGAUCGUAACAGAACUUUCGGCCAAAACUUCAGAUUUGUCACGUAAACGUACACCCCUGUAUUUAUUAUUAAGAUUAUGUAUACAUCAUGAUAUUAUAUAUAUGAUAAUGUAAUAUAUUCCUUAGUGGAUGCUUAAUAUAUAAUACAAAAUUUAAUAUUACUAACUCGAAUAGAUUUUUCCAUGCGUUGGUAGAAAAUUUUGGACAUUCCUAUUUGCAUUAAAUAGACGGAUAAUAUAUUCGAUAGUCGAACACUGACACAUAUUAAUUCGUAAUAUUGUACCUAAAUAUACCUAAUACUCCUUAUAUUAUUUUUCCAUUUCGUCACCAAGUGAAAUAAUUACUCAUUUAUUUUAUUCCAUAAUCUAUGUAAUAAAAUACUGAUUUUUUUAUAUUUGUAACGUAAAUAAAAUCAAUGAAAUCAGAGUAUUUUGUGAAAAUAUCAUUAAAUUAUUAAAUAUAUACUAAAUAUAUUUUACUACAUAUUUAUAAACUAAAUAUAUUUAACUAUAUAUUUAUAAACUAAAUAUAUUUUACUAUAUAUUUAUAGAUUAAAGCACAGAGGUAGAUAAACAUGUCUAAACCUUCAACUGAUUUUAGCAAAAAGUAAUAUUGUAUUGAUUCGGAGUUUUUAAGUAUAUAAAUUAUUACAAAAUUGCAACAGCGGGUAAUACAUCCUUAGUCAGAUAAAAUUAAUUUUUUUCUAACAUCGUCAAAUAUUUGUAUAUGUAUUGUGUAAAAUAGCAUUCAAAUAUUUCAAUUAUUACGUAUCCAUUUAUACAAAAUAAUAAGAAAGAUUAUAAAGAUAUUGAAUAAUAAUCGUGUGACUGGAAAGCGUAGAUAAAAAAAUAUAAAUAUGGGUAAUAUAAAAAGGAAAAAUUAGAUUAACAUGUACGUUAAAGCGAGAUAAACAGGUAGAUCAUAUACAUGCUAUUAGUCUGUCUAUAGCCUGAUUACUUUUGCGUUUCAGUGUUAUUCGUUGUACGUGUACGUAACUAGUCCGUGUAAAAUGCAUACCUUUAAAAAUAAUGACAAGUCUUAAGUCGUACUGACAAAAUUACCACAUUUAAUCCAAAUACAGCUUUGCUUUCUUUUUAAUGCACAUAUAUAUAUAUAUAUAUAUAUUAAAACAGGUAAAAAGCGUACAUAAAAAAUCGUCCCUUGCACAAGCUAAUUUCAUUCUUAAUAGAAUUCUAUGGGAAUUAUAUUUUAUCAAGUGACAACAUACGUGCAAAAUCUUCAUUUUCUUACCGGGAAAAUAUUAUCUGAAUUGUUUAUAUUUAGCAUAAAAUUUUGGCAUGUGUUCUUAUCCAAAUAACAGGUGAUAAAUAUACUAUACUAUGAUUUUCUUCGUUUUCCCGUUUCGCACUUUAGUUAUUUUAUAUUCUACUAGCGACCCGCCCCGACUUCGCACGGGUGCACAUUACAUCACAUCACAUUAGAAACCUCUAAAAUUAUGAGUGUUUCUUUGCUAUAUUAUGCAUGUAUUAUACAUAUAAACCUUCCUCUUGAAUCACUAUAUCUAUUUAAAACAACUGCUUCAAAUUCCAUUUUUUUGCACAGUUUUAAAGAUUUAAGCAUACAUAGGGACGGACAGACAGCGAAAGCGACUUUGUUUUAUACUAUGUAGUGAUCAUUCUAGCGAUAUCAACUUUGUCUUAUGGCGCUUAUAUAGUCAAUAAAAGCUACAUUUUUAUUAUUCAUAAUAAAGUAAACAAAAGUGAAUUUACCAACAAGCAAUAACAAAUCCAGGUCUUAAUAAAUUUGUAUAAACUAAUAUUAAUAUUCAAUGUUAUUGGUUUCUUUAUCUCGUCGAUUACAUAGAUACUGGAUACUUGCUCAGAGUUUUAACCACAUUAACUUUAUGCUUACAACAUUUAAGGUCUAAAUUAGACUGACGACUAAAGUUAUAAUAGACGCGAAGUGAUAUCAUAUUACUUAAAAAAAAAAAUCUCUAUAUACAAUUGUAUAUGAGAUUAGCAUACAAAAUUGCGACAACUAUAAGCUCCA